UACAGGUGUACCUUCAAUCACCAUGGAGAGAAGAUGAAUUUCUCAGUUUGUCUUCUUGCAACCCUCUUCGUAGGUACAGUGGCCUAUCCUGUUAACAAAUACGACGGUUUGGAAGAACUUACGGAUUUAAUGCAGAAUGUCAAAACGGCAUCAUGGGAAAAAUUUCUGGAAAAUAGUGGCGGAGUUUACGGAAUCAAACUAUACAUGGACAUGGAAGAGGGAAACAAUGUAAACAAAGUCACUCCAACGACCGGAGAACACCUAAUAAUUAAACAAGAGGGCGACAAAGACAAUGUGGGGGAAUAUCCAAUUCCUAAAGAAGAGAGAAAGAGAGGUCGUCGUGCACCUUUUAAUCGACAAUUUCACGUUGAGAAUUUUAAAAGAAAAAUACCAGUAAAGGAGGGGAAUCCAAGGAACCCAGAAAGAAAAGAACGUAAGGUGCAGUACAAACCCACAAAAGACGAAACAAUCCCGCUUCAUGACGGAGGGAUGGAGGAGAUUAUUCCUGAAAAUGAAACUAAUGGAUUCCGCUCUUCCGAUAUGCUACAAGGAGAUAAAAGAAUUUUCAGCGGUGGUGUUGGAGGUGGAGGUAUCCCGAGGAAAAAGAGGAUGCAACAAAAAACAUGGACGUUAAUCCCAUAGUGUUUCAUUUUUGAGUUAAAAGGACAUGAUCUAAUCAUAUGAUUUGCUGCUUAGAUUAAUUUCAAAGAAAUUCUAUUUUCUUGAAUUCGAUUUGAUGUCACGUAGAAUUAAAUAUUAUAUGCAUAAUAACUGAUGUUUCAGACAAAAAAUAUUCAAACUUAUGAUCGGGAGAUAAUGUCUCAUGCUUUAUCUUUUAUGAUAUUGAAUAAAUGAAUAUGCACAUCAGUAUU